AUGGCACAUCCGUUGAGUCAAGGUCUCGCUAAGAAUAAGUUUCACAAAUUUGGUUUAUGGAUAUUUUCAAUAUUCUUCUUAAUUUAUUCUAUUUUUAUUGGCCUAUUUACAACUUUUGCUAUACGUAUCAAGCAACCACAACACUAUUAUAGUAUAACAAAUAUUACUUUCGAUAAUGAUUUAUGUGAGGAUGUCUUGAAAGCACUUGAAAAAAAUUCACCAGAUGAUUCUAUUAUGAAAGAAUCAUGGGAUCAUACAUUAAGAUGUGGUUUAUACGUCUUUCUUAUUUUACUUUUGGCAAAACAUGUAUGGAUAUUUUGGAGUUUCGUCAAAAUUUCUAUAACAAAGCCUUUUGUAUUUAUUUUCGAAUAUGGUGCAAUAGUGCUAUGUUUUCUGUUUAUUUCUGACCAUGAGUAUCAAAGAAGUGUUAAAAUGCGUUGCCCCGUGCAGUGGCAGCUUGGUGCAUUUGGACUAUUUAUUGGCUACUUAGGAUUACUCUAUUAUAUCCAAUAUAUACCUAUCAUUGGUAUUUAUGUUAUUAUGCUUAAGAUUAUCAUCGUACGAUUUAUUUUCUUUCUUCCCGUGUUAACAUGUUUAUCGAUUGGCUUUGGACUAGCUUUUUAUAUGCUUCUUCAAUAUAACGAAUCAUUUGAUAGUUUUGCGUCUCGCGCAUUAAGCCAAAUGGUAAUAAUGAUGACCGGCGAAUUAAAUUUCUCUGACAACACCACGUCUGAUGAUGAUCCAGCGAAACCUUAUUAUAAAUUAAUUUAUAUCAUGUAUGUUCUAUUUGCUAUAGGUGUGGUAAUUUUAGUAGCAAAUCUCUUAAUAAGUUUGGCUGUUGGUGAAAUUGUACCAUUAAUGAAUAAAGCCCGGGGUGCUCAAAUUGACAUGAAGUUUGAACUGAUCGCCGAUUAUGAAAUUCUUCGGCUGCGGCUUUAUUUACUCGGUUGUCAUUUACGUGCACAUCGGUCUAAAUUAUUUAAAGUUCGUAACAUGAAAGGAAGUCCUUGGCGGGAGAAAUGCUAUAACGGAAUCGUAGAUUUUUUUACGCAUACAACUUAUAUUAAUGAAGAUAUGUUUGAAUCUAUUAAUGAAGCUGAAGAUAAAACUGAUUCUGCAAAACAAAUGAGAAUGUUGGGAGAGAUUCAGAAUGAAUUGAAAAAGCAAGACGAAUUCAAAAAAACAGGCAAACAACCAACUACUAAUAAAGUCACCAAAUCAAACCAUAGACCGUAA